AUGUCAAGCCCAACACCAGCUGAAGAUGAGGUGCCAGCAAUCCAAACAGGCCCCAAGGGUGUAAUCAAUGACUGGAGGAAGUUCAAGUGUGAGGACCAGGACACCCCUCCCAGCAAGAAGGCGCUCCUCAGACAGAUAUCCAACCCCCAGAGCGACGACAUCCACGACAGACUUAACCGCAAGAUGAGUGUCCAGGAGUACGAGAUGAUCGCAGAGGAGGAUGAGAAGGGCCUGCGCAAGUACCGCAAGCAGUGCAUGAAGGAGAUGCACGAGCGAUUCAGCUUUGGGCCGACGUUCGACAGUGUGGUGGAGCUGGACAAUGGCGAGGCCUUCCUGGAGGUCAUUGAGAAGGAGCACCGGCUCACCCUGGUAGUCGUCCACAUCUACAAGGACGGAGUCAAAGGUUGCGAGGCGCUCAACUCCUGCCUAGACUGCCUGGCCACCGAGUACCCCAGCAUCAAGUUCUGCCGCAUCGAGGCGGCCGCAACGGGUGCCGGCGAGCGCUUCUCAGACGACGUGCUGCCCGCCAUGCUGGUUUACAAAGCAGGCGAGCUGCUAGGAAACUUCCUGUCCAUGACACAGCACCUCAGCGAGGAGUUCUUCGCCGCCGAUAUCGAAGCGUUCCUCAAUGAAUACGGCCUCCUCCCCGAGAAGGAGUUUGUGGCUUGUCCUGAUGAGGAGGAGGCGGCAGGUGUUGAGGUGGAGUAAGGUUUUUUUUAAUAGGGUGUCAGUGAGUCAGAGCACAUU